CGGUGCUGUUCAUUUAACGCUAUAGUAAAUAUUUUCUUUUUUAUAAUAAAAGUUUUAAUUUUUAUGUAAUGUCUCAAGAAACACAGAACUCACUGGAAUUGGAAUCAGCCAUUGGAUUCAGUGGACAUGUAGUCUCAGGCUUAAGGGUCCAUCCAAACAAAAAUCACCUCAUCUAUCCUCUGGGAUGGACAAUCAUCAUAAAAAGAAUAAAAGAUGGGAAACAGGACUUUCUGCAUGGACACAACAACAAUGUAUCCUGUUUAACUGUUUCCAAAGGUGGACAGUACAUUGCUUCUGGACAGGUCAACUUUAUGGGGUUUAAGGCUGAUGUAAUUAUCUGGGACUUUGAGCAGAGAAGCAUCUAUGCUCAGCUUUCACUCCACAAGGCUAAAGUGGAGGCACUGUCAUUUUCACCUAACAACAAAUACCUUGUGUCUCUUGGUGGUGUGGAUGAUGGGAGCAUUGUAGUGUGGAACAUUGAAACAAAGCAGGCUAUAUGUGGGAGCCCUGCUUCAGCACAUAGUGCUGGUCACUGUCUUACAGUGAAGUACUCAAAUCAUAAUGACAACAUUUUUGUGUCUGCUGGAAGUGGAACAUUGCGUGUUUGGGAGCUUGAUGUUCCUAACAGGAAGAUUCAACCCUCAGAAUGCCAGACAGGCAAACUGAAACGCAUUGUUAAAUGCAUAGAGCUGGCAGAUGAUGAUAGAUUUGUGCUGUGUGGCACCACCAGUGGAGACAUAAUGAGAGUGAACAUGAAGACUGGCCUCCUCUCUGACUGUGGGCCUGUCAAAACUAAACACAGUUUGGGUGUAACUGCACUAAGGCUUUGGAACUCUGGUCAUCUACUUGUUGGUUCUGGAUCAGGAAGUUUCACUCUUUGUUCCAGCACUAACUUCAAGAUUUUGAAACAGGUGGAGCUGGAGAAAGGAGUCACCUCUAUUGCUUUAAGAGGGGAAGAUCAGCAGUUCUUUGUUGGGACAGAAUCUGCACAGAUUUAUCGUUUCUCAUAUGAGGAUUUUAAGGCAGAGCUCAUUUCAACCAGCCACAACAGUGCUGUGAAAGAUGUGGCUAUACCAUAUGGUACCUCAGAGCUGUUUGCAACAUGUUCUCAAGAAGAUAUCCGUCUGUGGCACAUAAACAAACCCAAAGAACUGUUGCGCAUCACUGUUCCCAACAUGACUUGCAAUUCCGUUGAUUUCAUGAUUGACGGACAUAGCAUCAUUAGUGCAUGGAAUGAUGGCAAAAUUAGAGUUUUUGCUGCAGCCAGUGGCAAACUCAUGAUGACUAUUUACAACGCUCACAAACUGGGAGUUACAGCCAUUGCAGGCACCAGAGAAUGCAAGAGGAUAGUAAGUGGAGGAGGAGAAGGACAGGUGAGGAUUUGGGAACUGCAGCCAAGGAGCCACCGGAUGCUGGGGUCCGAGAAAAUGCACAAAGACUCUGUCACCUGUAUCAAAAUUAAGAGUGAUGACAAAGAGUUUGUGAGUGCCAGCUCUGAUGGAGCCUGCAUUAUCUGGGACCUGGAGCGUUUUGUGAGUCUUCAGAUUGUGAUUGCCAACACCUUUUUCCAGGCAGUUUGUUACCAUCCAGAGGAAUACCAGAUCCUCACCAGUGGGAAUAGAAAGGUCGCAUAUUGGAAUGUGUUUGAUGGCUCACCUAUUAGAGAAAUUGAAGGAUCACAGUCGGGCACCAUCAAUGGUCUUCACAUUACUCAAGAUGGCAAAUAUUUUGUGACAGGUGGUGAUGAUAAAUUGGUGAAGGUAUGGGAUUACAUGGAGGGCAUUGUAACCCACACAGGCAUAGCACAUGGAGGCAGUAUCACCACUGUCAAAGUCUGCAACAACAGCCGCCUCUUGGUCAGCACCAGUGCAGACGGAGCCAUUCUGUGUUGGAAGUUCCCUCAUGCUGCUUCCUCCUGA